AUGAGGCCCGAGCAGCUGCGCCUGCGGACGGGCUGCCGGCGCCCACGGCAAAGCGCAGCGCCGCUCGGCCCCGCCGCCCCGCGAGACUCCACCGCUGCUGACUGGGCGAAGCCCGUCUCGGGGCGCUUUCCGCCGGGUCAGUCCAGGCGCGGAGACCCCGACUCCCACCAGAACCCCGGGCUCUGCUUCUCCGAGCGCCCAGCCCGGCCAGCAGACCCUCCCAUCCCGGGGUCCCUCGGGGCUGGUGGGCCUGUGCCCCCGCCGAUGCCCAGGGUUCCGGGUCAUCGCCCCCGACUGGCCCUGGCAUGCUGGACCGAUGGGGACGGCCAGGGGAGGACGCCACAGCCACAGGCGUGCGGCCCCGCCAUCAGGACGGGGCGACGGGGCGUCCGGGAGAGCACAGGCGGCUCCGCAGGACACGUGACCGCUGGGCCCGGACAGCGGAACCGAGGGAGCCCAGGUGGGGCCGCCCCGGAGCCCACCCCGCACCCCGGUGCCCCCCCACAGGCUCCAGCUGCGCCAAAGGAGAAGACACGAGACAGUGACCGCAAUAGCGACGCCCCACUGGCCCUGGGGGAGCGGCCCCGGCGGGAGCCCCAGAACCCCGAGCCUGGGCGUGGGCCACCCCGGCGGGUGGGGCGAGCUCGCAAUAGCGACGCCCCACUGGCCCUGGGGGAGCGGCCCCGGCGGGAGCCCCAGAACCCUGAGCCUGGGCACUCCUCUGCCGGUGUCCGGGGCUGUCGCGUCUCCCCUAAAUGCCGGCCGCGCCUGGCCGGCCGCUUGCACCUCCUCAGCUCGUCUUUCACGGCGCCGGCGCCCCGACCCUCUCCCGGGCCGGGCCCGGACAGCCAGCUGGCUCGCUCCGACGGGCCGCCCAGGCCCUGCGGUCUCCAGAGAAGUCGGACCCCCACUCUUGGGGCCGAGGAGGGGGAUCGGGAAGUCACCCGUGGCGGGGGCCGCCUGGAGAGCGCAGGACCCCCAGGUCCGUGGGGCGCCCGACGUGCUGACAGCGAGGACUCUGGGGAGCUGAGCGCGCUGUUCUACCGGCUGUUCAGGUCUCAGGAGCUCGCUUUUGGCUUGUUUGCUCGCGGGUGGUGGUCGGGGGCCGGCGGCGUCCAGUCAGUCCCUGUGGCCCCUGCGAGCCGGGGCUCGGCCCUGCUGAACGCGGCCUGUCGCUGGGCGGAGUCCCGCGGGUGCUUCGGGCAAGAGGCCUCGGGCGCCUCGUGCGGCGCCCGGCUGCCCCCGUCCAGCCCCACCCGCCUCGCGCCCCCGCAGGAGCAGGAGCAGAAGGCGGAGGAGGAGAGGAUCCGGAUGGAGAACAUCCUCAGCGGAAACCCGCUCCUGAACCUGACCGGCCCCGCCCAGCCUCAGGCCAACUUCAAGGUCAAGAGAAGGUACUCGGCGCUGUCCACCUGCACCGAGGCUCCCUGGGGUGCCCGGGGCCCCCCGCCCCCCUGCCGGGGCAGGCCUUGUGCCCCGGGUGUCCACGAGAAGCUGGCGAUGGGCAGCGCCCAGACCCACCCAGCCCUCAACGGCUACCUGUUCGGAAACUUCCCCGAGCCCGAGAUGUGCGUCGGCGAGUCGGCGUCCUGGCACCUGUUCGGGAUGGGGAACGAGAUCGACAUCCACUCCAUCUACUUCUACGGCAACACCUUGGUGAGCAGGGGCCACCGGACCGACGUGGUCAGCCUGUUCCCGGCCACCUUCCUGACGGCAGAGAUGGCCGUGCAGAACCCCGGCAAGUGGAUGAUCACCUGCCAGGUCAGCGACCACCUGCAAGGCGUGUUCAGGGUGUUCUGCUCCACCUUGCACCACUUCGCCAGAGGCAUGAACCAGCUGUUCGAGGUCAGCAGCUGCGGCCACCGGGACCCGCCCGAGCAGCCGCGCGGGGUGAUCCGAACCUUCUACAUCGCGGCGGAGGAGGUGGAGUGGGACUACGCCCCCAACAAGAACUGGGAGUUCGAAAAGCAGCACUUGGACGCCGGAGGCGACAGGCACGGCGACAUCUUCAUGAACCACACGGAGAACUGGAUCGGCUCGCAGUACAAGAAGGUGGUCUACCGCGAGUACACGGACGGCGAGUUCGUGGAGAUCAAGGCCCGGCCGCCGCGGGAGCAGCACCUGGAGCUCCUGGGCCCGCUGAUCCGCGCCGAGGUGGGCGACUCCAUCCUGGUCGUGUUCAAGAACAAGGCGCAGCGGCCCUACUCCAUCACAGCCCAGGGCGUGGAGGACGUGGACAGCGGGAAGCUCCUCCGAGUGCCGGCCACCAAGCCGGGCGAGGUGAAGACGUACAGGUGGAACGUCCCCGAGAGGUCGGGCCCGGGGCCCACCGACCCCAACUGCAUCCCCUGGGUCUACUACUCCACGGUGGACUUCGUGAAGGACAUGUACAGCGGCCUGAUGGGGCCCCUGGUCACCUGCAGAGAGGGGGUGCUGGACGAGCGCGGCUGGAGGAGCGACGUGGACUACGAGUUCGUGCUGCUCUUCCUGGUCUUCAACGAGAACGAGUCCUGGUACCUGGACGACAACAUCCGGAAGUACCUCAACAAGGACCCCCGCGGCUUCCCGCGCUCGGCCGACUUCGAGGAGAGCAACAGGAUGCACGGUCCAGGGGGCACCACUGAGGCCUCACGGUCCUCAGUGGCCUGCGGGGCCACCGCACGGCCAGCCCGCAGCCGUGAUGGCGUCUCUGGGUCCUCGCAGAGCGGGGCCCGGAUCAACAUCUCAGAGGGGAACUGCCCGGAGAGAAUCGUGACCAUCACGGGCCCCACGGACGCCAUCUUCAAAGCCUUCGCCAUGAUCGCCUACAAGUUUGAGGAG